GGGAGGCGAGGCGUGCACGAUGCUGGUGAGGACCCUGCACUGGGUGGUGCCGUCCUACUCCAUCUGGGGCCUGCCCUUCUUCCUCUUCUACUCCACCCGCCUGUCCCAGUUCCUCUACGAGCGCCCCGGCCAGGGAAUCCUCCGCUCCAUGCUCUGCCGCCUCAUGGCCCCGCUGAGGGCGGGCGUGUCCAAGUUCAUCGAGUCCUACUUGGCGUGGAAGCUCCCGCUGGACAAGUACGGGCUCCGGCCGAACCACCCCUUCGUGGAGGACUACGCCUCCUGCCAGAUGGCCAUCCUCCCCGACGGCUUCUUCGACAUGGCCGACCGCGACAUGAUCCGCUUCAAGAGGGCCCCGGGCGGCUGGUGCUUCUCCCGCGACGGCGUCCUCCUCGACGACGGCACCGAGGUGAAGGCCGACCUCGUCUUCCUCGCCACCGGCUUCGAGGGCAAGGACAAGCUCCGCGCCGUCCUGCCCCAGCCCUUCCGCGGCCUCGUCGUCGACAAGUCCGGCAUGAUGCCGCUCUAUCGCGGCACGAUCCACCCUCUGAUCCCGAACAUGGCGUUCGUCGGGUACGUGGAGAGCGUGUCCAACCUGCACACGUCGGAGCUCCGGUGCCGCUGGCUGGCGGGCCUGCUCGACGGCCGGUUCGCGCUGCCGAGCGUGGAGGACAUGGUGCGGCACGUCGACGGCGAGGCGGAGGCCAUGCGCCGCACCACGCGCUUCUACCGCCGCCACUGCAUAUCAACCUACAGCAUCCACGACAGCGACGCCAUGUGCGCUGACCUCGGCACCAGGGUGCUCCGCAAGGGCAACUGGCUCGCAGAGCUCUUCGCGCCCUACAACAACCAGGACUACAAGGAGGAAUGAGUUGAACCCAUUCCGUCGUCGACGACGACGACGACCCCUGCCACACAUUAAUUAAUUCAACUCCAUAUACUUAUACUCUUUAAUUUAUUAUUUAAAGUUGUUGUAUACCUAAUGUACGUGUGAGCUUAUUAGUAGCUUAAUAAGAUUCGUUAUUUGUUUAUACUAGUAUAUAUGAUAUGAUUACAAAAGUUAAGGACUGUAGUAGCUAAUAAUGAUCAGGAGAAGAUUAGGUCAUGGUCGUGUCAUGUGAACCCAGGAGGAGUUUGGUAGAGGACUUUGAUCGAGGUCUCGUCUCGCCCACGACCGCGAGAUCUCCGGGGGAGAAGCAGCAGCCAGGACCAUGUGGAACGAGGUGGUAGCUAGGUCCCCGGCUGCAUGCUUCUUGCACCAAUACAGUUUUUUCAUUCCUGCCCCUGUAAUACAUUCUUUUUGUAAUGUAACAAUAUGUUAUGGAAUAUAAACACGCAAUAAAUGA